AUGAGUUCGAAUGAGUCCAUGACAGUUGAUGUAGGGGUGGAUGAAAUACAGGAUCUCAAAACAAAAAUCAAACUACAAGGAGAAAAGGUUCGGGCUUUAAAAUCACUAAAAACUGAUCAAGACACUGGAACCCGUAAUUACAAUGAAAAAGAGAUGACAAUUCGGGAAAAAAUUUUCUCUAUCUUUAAGGAACACAGAGCUGUCACUAUUGAUACUCCUGUUUCUGAAUUGAAAGAAAUUUUAUCCGGAAAAUACAGUGAUGACAGUAAAUUCUUGGUGAUCAAGACGGUUAAAAAUGUUCUUUACGAUACAAUUUAA